CAAAAUCUGAACACCAUUUGCGAUCUUUAACUUAAGAACUAAAUCGGAAAAUGGAGAGCCUAGACGCUCGCUAAUCUCAAGAUGAUUAUUGCUAUUUUGUUAUUGGUCUUGAUACGAAAUAUCAAAUCACUGCCGUCUUUGCCCGCCCCGGAUGAUAACCUCAACAUCUUCAUGCUGCCAAUGGGCGACGGAGACUCAACUAUUGUACAAUGCCCUACCGGGACCCUGACUGUUAUAAAUUUGGGCUCAGUGUACACAAGCUCGUAUUGGAAUGAAAACGACGUUGGCAAGUUCAUUCCUGACUUGUCUCGUGUUGAAAAUAUAAUAAUUACUAGACCACACCCAUCAUGCUAUAACCUUCUACCGUUGCUAUUUGAAGAUACGAAAACGUUGAAGAAAGUUUAUAUUGCUUGCUCUAUUGAAGAAUACAUAGCAAAUGCCAAAGUGAAGAGAUGGAUAAGUAAACUUAGACAAGAAGACAAGAUAAUUGAAGUUAAAUCAAAGUCAACAGGUACUAGAGCAUGUCUAGGAGACGAUUGCACAAACAUCAAACUUUGCUCAGAUAGUCCAUUUCUUGACGCAAAAAUCGUAGCAGCAAAUCUUGGUGGUUGCUCGGUUAAUAAUGUGAAUAUGAAAAGCAACAGCAUGGUAUUUCAAAUAAAGUUUUAUGACUUCAAUAUGAUUAUGCCUGGAGACAUAGAAGACCCUUCAGUGGACACGAGUGUCUAUUUGAAGCAAGUUAUCGCAGGCUUCACUGACCCUGAAGACCUCCAGGCUACGGUCUACCAAGCCGCUGGUCAUGGGGCCUGGGGACGAACCAACAAGUAUUUUUUUGUCAAUGCAAUUAAACCCCAAUACGUUGUCAUUGGCAACUCUGCCCCCAGGAAUGAUUCGACGAACUCGUAUGUCCCUCGUUGCGAAUUGUUGUACUAUUUAUCUCAAAGAGAAAAGGCAAGUGUGAUUGACCUACAGUCAACGCAAUCGUUUCAAUGCGUUUGGGCUGAUGGCAGUGUAUCAAUUACUAGUGAAACGAAAAAAGCGCUGUUUCUAACUGCCUUUGAUGUUAAUUCAUAUAAAGUUCGACGGAUUUUACAUAUAUCAAGUGAUGGUGAAAAGCAUAAAGUGACACACUUGCAAGUUCCUUUGGGAUGACCAGUGUCUGGCGGCAGAAGACAUCCAUGUUAGCACCUUCAUUACUGUGAACAUACAUAUAGCCUGUGAAUAACUGUGAAUAACUGAUGUUUCGUGUUGUUCAGCAUUUCAUGAUAAAUUUUAAAAGGUGAGGUUGCGAAAAACGAGUUUAGAAAAUAGAAAAAUAGUUAAAAUUUAUUUUUUUAGGGUAUAGGAUUGAUAAAUGUCGUACCAAUCAACAUAUGACUAUCCGUGUAAACCAAUAACUUCGUCAGCUUAUUUCCACGCUGCUCUAAAGUAAGCUGUCAUCUUUUCUGCUAAACUAAGCAUUGUAAAAUGGAUAAUUUCAACUAUGCCUAUUCCUUUCUCCAAAAGUAAGCCAAUAGAUAGCCUUGCAAAAGAUGUAUAUUCUACUGUGCUUCAUUUUCAUACUAGAAUUAAAAACCAAAAAUCUAUGAGCUUUAAAAUUUGUCAUUUCCACUCAGCCCCAUUUUUCACGCUUAAACAACCCUAUAACCAUUUCAAUUUUUAUCAAAAAAAGCGAUAGCCUUGAAAAAUUGACCAUUUCUACAAAGCAUCGUUUUCAUGCUAUUUCCAUUAACUCAAAUUUUCGAUCCAUAAAGAAGCUUGUAGCUUUGCAAUCCCAAUUUUGAUUUAAUUAUAUGUCUACAGCCUUCAAAAGUUUUUAAUUUGACAUUAGCAAACUCCUUUUCCAGAUAGCUAAAGACAGACUUCUGAAACAUUUUGCUACAGCAACAAAUAUAAGUCAGGUUUUAAACGUUGGUUUUAGUAUAUUUUGACCUGUGCAAGAAAACCGCAGCAGAAAACUCAUUACACAGAUGUGCCUCUUUAAUUACUACCAUUGAUCAUACGAAUUCUUCGAUAGACGUAUCACAUUAACAUUUCGAAACAGAUCGAGCAUCUCGCUAAAAAACAGCUGAAACUUAGAAAUACGUUUGAUUUAUCUCCAUAUAAACAUGGUGCUCAUGAAAUAAAAAUAUAGUUAGUCCUCUGUAAUAGCCCCGAGCAAAGUCAGACUAAUACAAUCAAAUAUAACUAUGAACACAUUUUAUUUGUAUCCCAUAAUACAUAAGUUGUAUACAUAAAUACCAAAAACUAUACAAAAUAAUCUUAUUUCAGUUAUGAUUCAAUUCCAUUGCAGUUAAUUUUAUGGCAUUUAAAUUACCAUACACAAGUCAAGGAGAGAAUUACAUGCCUUUACAACAGCAGCGGCCUUUUCCAAUACUUGUAGCCUCGAAAGACUAUAUUUUAAUCUCUUAUAAAGAUCUGUACAUUGCUUCAUUAUAUCAAGGUGCUAAAGAGUAGCUUUAUCAAUGGCGUAAAAAAGAACUGGAACAUAUCACUGGAAUGAUUGUCGAGCUAAAUUUUACUUUUAGUGGUGAGUCUCAGUCUCUCCAAUAGUUGUUCAGUAAGAUCUAACGUUUCUAAUACUUUAGGACAUGAAUGGAAAAUUCUUUCGAAUGACAAACGCAGCUAAUGAAAAUCAAAUAAGCACAAUUCAAGCAAAACUCCAAUUCAAUUCUGGAAUUCGAUUUUGAUAACUUCAAUAAAAACUUCUCAUUUUGAUUUUUAAAAGAUCGUUUUGGAAUCGAAACUAUCCAUGGCACGGAUCUGGCACUAUAUCAACGGCAACUCUGUUGGCCUGUUGGUUUUAUUUUAAAUCCCAUUACGGUGCAUUUUGAACAAUAUUACUUCAAAUGUUUCUAGCAUGAUCUUAAUUACGAUGGUAUAAUAAUACACGAGACGUAUGACACGUUGCACGUGAUGACAAGGCAGUUGCUAUUUUUUUAGAAUUGGCGCUUAAAAAUCGUCAUGCAUUAAAUCUAUGUAUGAAGUAAAUUUACAAAUGUAUUCACCACACUAAAGUUUCAUUUCUACUUUAAAGAGCUGUAUAUUUCUGAAAGAAUUCUCCAAGCUGAAACUUGGAAUCUUCAAUAAAAACAUUAAUUGAAAGUAUAAGCAGAAAAAGGCCAACUUUCAGAUUAGAGCUGACAGAAUAGUAACGAUAUAUACAUUAACUAGGCCUUCAUAUGUUGUUUGGCCAAAUAAUGACAUAUAUAAACUGUCCUUAUCGCUUUCCAUAGUUCCCAAUACAAGAAAUAGUGAACUUGUGCAUAUUUAAGUAAAUUUAAUCGCAGGUAGACUGUGUAUCUAAUAGUGAUGGAUUCCUAAGCCAUCUCAAUUUGGGGCAGUUAUGGCAGUUGGAGCUUUUUCCAAACUGAAAGUAAACUGGAGCAAGAGAGCAACCUUUGUCGUUCUGCAGUCUAUUGUGACUAAGACGUUUCUCUACCCUCUAUUCAUCAGGCAGUGCAAAAACAAACAAGGGGAAUUCUUGGCUUCUUCACAGCAGCUUGAGAGCCAUGUCGAUGAUUUCAAAACGAGAGUUGUUUAGAGUAUUUGGAGACGAGAUGUCUGGUAUCUAAUUAAAAAUCUAGUUAUAAACCAAAGAAUCAUGGAACCUGUAUAGGAAAAAUGCAUCACUGGAGGCUCCUAUUCGAAACCAAAUGCUGAAACAUUUUGAAAGGGAUCGAAAAUUAUCUCGCUGAACAAACAUCUAGGCCCUAACUACCAUUGGCAUCCCUCUCAUCCCCAUGCAAACGAAAGGUAACUGGACUCAGGCCUUCCUAGUACACUAUUUGGUUAUCUGAAUACCCGCUUUAAAAAAGCACAUACGAGUUAAGCAAUACAGCAAAUCUUUAUUUCUAUUCAACUUUAAAUACCCAUCUACCUUUAUUUUCAAACAUCCACGAGAGUUUCUUGGUUUACCCCUUAGCCACUUGUCUAUGUCCUUGUGCUGUUCGAUGCGAGAUCACUGAACGCUGUUUCGAAGCACGCUUUCAGAUCUUGAUAUGACACAACGAGGACGGACUGCUCAUCGCGUGACGUUAGGCAGAUACGCUCUGGCGAUCCAGCAUCCAGCUGUAAUAGUAGCAGACAGUAUCAAAAAGGUAUUCAAAAACGGUUGAGAAGUAUACACUAUAAAUUGCUUAAAACUCGCUUCAUAUAGCUGUAUCGUGUAAUGCAUCGAAUAUUCAAAAGCCAUCCACUCAUUUUAGCAUAUUUUUUUGAUGUGAAAAAUUUUGUUAAAUACUGCAAGGAAAUAUUUUGCUAAAAAAGUCUGAAAAUUAUACAAUGGUCUUCAGGCCAUGAAACGACAACUGAUUGGCAACAGAAGGGUAUGUCCUUUCUGUGUUGCUGAUUAUUUUCUUAUUGAAAGAAACAUUAUCACACAUCUUCCAUAUUGCAUAGAAGAAUAUAUCAUAAAUUAAGCUUACAGGCGGGUUCACCCUAUCAUUGUAAUUUCUCCAGCUUACAGGCUUAAGAAUCUCAUCUGUUAACUGACAUAAUGCAUUGCUGCGUUGUAUUUUGUAGAGCAGACAAAAAACUAGACAGGAGUUUCGAAAGUACCUUGUUGAGACAGGAUACAAUGUGUGCCAUGUCUAUCCACGGUGUGUUGGUAUCCGUGACUUGGUGAAACACAUAGUCCCGGAACAGCUUGAGCAGGUACCUGUCGCCAGUUUCUGACCAUUCGGGGUCCAUGUUAAAUCUGAGUAAUAAUAACAUUAGAAAGAUUGAAUGACGGGAGAAAAUAUCAAACAAAUGUAAAUUAGCACUACCCAUUUGCGUCCGGGACACUGGAGCUUUGAGAUAAGGGAAAAUAGCUGAUAUAGAGAGUACAGUAAAAUAGCCAUUCCACGUUGAACCAAAAUGGCGGUUAUAAUUGACAACUUUGAGUAACCGCCAACGUUGAUGCUAAUGAGGGUGAACUGCCUUUCCGGAUGAUUGCAUGUACGAGAUAUUGAAUAGCAAGGGGAAGGGGAUAUUCCAACCAUUUAUUUAAUACGGACAUCAACGCUGUAUUAUGAUUGCUAAUAUAUAGAAUAAGUUAUUUUGCAGAAAAUCGAUGAAGAAUCCUGUCAAAAUUUUAGACACCAAUUUCAUUUCCAAAAACACCCGAAAAUUCUUUAAAUUCUCAACUUUGAUAUCUAGUUAUUUUCAAUAAGAACAAUCGUAAACAGCGUUUGAACGACCCUAGACAGAUAUGUUUCAAAAUUAUUGACAUUAAAAUGUUGUGAUUUCUGGAUAAUUCAAUACUUACUCGGGUCUUUCAAGAAUGGUGGCUAACUUCGCUAAUAUUCUGAACAACCUUCCACUUUCUAGCUCCUUCGAUAUCAAGAGAAUUCGUCAGUAAAAUGACACAAAAUCACAAAACAAUCUAUGUUUUUCAAAAGUUUCAGAAAAUAGAAUUUCGCUUGACAACUAGAAUGGGGGCUCUUUGAAAAUGUGGGCUCUUUGAAAAUGCUUUUAAGUUAGAUUUUAAAAUAUUUCUUAGCUACAAUACUCUACAACAAAAUCUUGGUUAAAAAGCUUUCGCAUUCGCGUCUUCCUGUAUAAUUGAAUAAGCAGGCCAGUAGCAUUUUGAGCAUAUCGCAUAAAAUAACAGCAUGUAAAACAAGUGUGAAUACAAAUAUAUAGACAAAUGACUUCACAUGCAUAACAAUGGUGGAACAGACUCAAUUUUAGUAGCAAUAUUUAAUGAAAACAGACGCCAGCAUUAAAAAAAUAGCAAGUCUACAAUUUGUAGACUAACAAUGUGAUUGGCAAAUUCAGGGCUAGAAACAACAGUGGGUUACGUACGGUUAGUUAUCUACACGGUUAUCUACACAAAAACAUCGAAGCUUGUAAGAAUGGUUCAGCUAAAAUAUACUUCACAGCUUUUAGAUAAAGGGAUUCAAAGACUAUUUUGGCAUCUCAGAUAAACCUGCAAACCUUUAAAAGAUCCUUUUCAAGAGUGUCACUUCUAUCUUGUAUCACAUCAAGCUGUUCGUAGAAUUUAGUUCCAAUCACUGGUACAACAUCCUCUAUACUUUUCGGCGAAUUCUGGAACUGAGUGCUGUGGAGGAGCC